AUGAAGUAUAUUUUCCUAAUAAUUAUUAUUUCCCUUUCAUUACUUAGUUGCUAAGAACCCUUACACCCUAGUUAAGAACCUGAAAAAAUUUAUAAUCUUGAUGAUUCAUGCUUGAUAAUGGAAUGGGGCAUGAUUAGAAUGUGCUGGAUAUUUACAGAAACUGAUAUCACUAUUAGAAUGUAAUACAAAUUUGACGGGUCAUUUUUCUUUUAAAUAACUUCAGAUGAGGGUGCACCUGAAGGACAAGAUAGAGAUCUAAUUGAACUUCUUUCUUCUCCAGACGGAAAAUAAUCCAUUCAAGAUUCAUAUUUGGAAGGUAGCAUCCAAGUAAAUGAUGAGAUCUUAGGAGGAAAAAACAAUAUCGAAACUCUCAUGUCUAAAGUAAAUUCAAAGCAAAAUGGCAAAUUAAUUAGAUUUAAAGCAUCUAAAAAAAAUCUUGCUAUGGACACACCUGAUGGAGCUUAAGAUGAAUACACUAAUGAAUUCCUUUUUAAGAGAGACCUUAAUACUAAUGAUUAAUAUGAUAGAAUUUAUACUUAAGGUGAAGUAGUCUGGAUUAAAUAUUUUUGGACUAGUGAAUAAUAUUUUACUUCUAAAGCUCUUUAAUAAGGUGCUGUAUAGUUCCCUUUUGAAAAUGGGUAUAAUGGCAUGGGGCUUAUGCAAUGGCCUAUUGAACUUUACCAAAAAAUUCACUUUUGGGUAAACUUUACAAUGUGGGGUAUUGUUAUUGAUAUUGCUAAUUGCGCAGCUAGAUUUUUCAAAACUAAAAAAUAUUACAUGCAUGUUCACGGUUACCUGAUGUUGCUUGUAUGCGCUUCAACUUUAACAGUUGAAAUGUGGACUCUGAUUAAAAACCCUCAGCUUUUCAAUAGAUUUGAUCAAUUAGAUGAUUUGGUCGUCUUCCAUUUCUUGAUGGGCUUCAUUUUCAUGAUUGUCAUGAUUACUCAUUUAGUUGGCGGCUAUAUACUUUAUUUGAUGCUCAUUAAAAAUAAAACUGGUGGAAAGGGAUCUUAAUAUUUUAAGCUUUAUCAUUAAGUAUUUGGCUAUAUUCUUUACUUGUUUGGCAAGGCUGGCAAUGUUACAGGCUUCAAAGUUAUCUAAGACGAAUACACAGCUAAUGUCUGCAUCAUUGUUUUUUCACUUUUAAUUGGUCUGAGAAUCACUCUAGAAGCAUUCUUUAUAUUUUACCCAAGACUUUUUAAGAAAAUACUCUUUAUUGAUCCUAAAUAAAAGAUGAUAAAGGAUAUAGAAGAUAAGAAACUCUCUUUGAUUUCCAAGGAAGAGAAAAUUAAAGAUAUAGUGCUUAAAAUGAAUGAUAAUUAAUGCUUAACAAAAGAAAUUGUUAACUAAUACGAUAAGACCCUUUUGGUUAUUUUUGAUAAUGGAAUUUAUGAUAUCAAGAACAUGUAUCAUCCUGGUGGUAAUUUUAUUAUCAAAAAAAUGAAAGGAAGAGAAAUUGGUAGAUUUAUGUAUGGAGCUUUUGGUUUAGAAACAAGCAAUAUGGCAGGUUACGAGCACUCGAAAUAUGCCUAUGACAUGCUUGAACAGUAUUACAUUGGAGAAAUAGAAAACAUUGACCUCUUCCUUCCCAAGUAAUCUGAAGAGUCUAACAAUUUAUGGAGAGUUGCUUAAAUUUAAAAGCUUGAUAACGAUACUUCUGUCUUCUUUUUUAUUGGUAAAGAUGCCAAAAUAAAAGUGUAAAAGGUUUUCUAAGGAUUGGAGUGGUUAGGUCGUCACUUUGUCAUAAAUGACAGCAAUUAUUCAAAGCAUACUCGUUAAUAUACAAAUGUUCUCUCUUUCAGCAAUUACCAUGUUGAGCUUAGAAAACAACUUCUAUAAAAUUACAAUUAAAACUUUGGUGAUUAAGUUACUAAAAAUUCUGUUAGUUUAAAUCAUGAAAAGUUGAAUGAACUUAAGGAAGACAAUUUAUUCCCAAUGGUCAUCAAAAAGUAUCCUUCUGAUAAAGGAUUUUCUUAGCACUUACAUGAAAAUACCUAAGAUGCUUACUACAUUCGUGGACCUUAUAGUCGUGGCUUAGAAUUGAGCGCAAAAAGUGAAGGAGAACAUCUAUUUAUUUGCGGAGGAACUGGCGUUUUACCCUUCUACGAUUUACUUGAUUAUUUAUUUAAGUACAUGAUUUACAAAAGCUUUAAAACUUUAGAUGGAAACUCUUUCCUCAAGUCAAACAGUUUUAUUAAUCAUGAGAAUACUCUCUCUCAAUAAAUUAAUAUUGAAAACGAAGAUUAUGAAAAUAAUAUCAAUCCAAACCUAAAAAUCAAAGUCUUCGCAUCCUUCAUGAGUGUUUCUUAGAGUUUUGGAGCAGUUGAGUUAUUAAACUAAAUGAUGAGAUUCGAAAAAGAAAACAAUCUUUAGUUAUUUAGCUGCAUAGUCAAAGUUUCAAAGAACCCUGAGGAAUUAUAAAAGUUUAGUUACUUAGAAACUACUUCUCAAUAAUUUAGCAAAGAAUUUAUUUAUACAAAUGCUAAUCUCAAAUAAACAAAAAGAGUCUUUAUCUGUGGUCCUCCUAUUCUCAAUAAAUCAGUAUACAACGGUCUGGUAGAUCUUGGUUAUGAAGAAAUGGAUAUCAUGCUUGUCUGA